UCAUUUAAGUGUCAAAAGUGUCUAUGUUGGGAUUCAUUUUUAGUGCCUAAUCAAAUAAUUGAUAGCCGAAGCCGAUGGCAACUGUAAAUAACUAAUUUAAAUAUGUUAGAUAGUGUAAAUGUUUCUUUCUGUUAAUAUCUAUAUAAAUAUUUGACGUCAUAUAAGAAAUUAUUGAGUGGACAAUUUUUUCAAUUAAGAAAGAUGGCUUGUAAUACUUGUAAUACAAAAUUCAAUUUUUUUCAUAAAGAGAUGGGAUGUGCAAGUUGUGGCAUGUCAUUUUGCAAUAAAUGCUUGAAACAAAAAUGCAAAAUUCCUUCAAAAGGAUCUUCGGAGUUUAGUGUUUGCAGAAUUUGUUAUAAUAAGCUCACAUCAAAGAAUGAAACGGAGAACUCAUUCAGUCCACCUGACACAUAUUUGAAGCGUUUGGAGAAUCUCGAGAAUCCAGUUGCUCCACCUAUAACUGUAUAUAAACAGAAUCCAAAAUUUCAGAAAAUGAAAGUUGGUCUCACUCCUGCAGAUCAGAAACUUGUAGAUCGUCUAGAGAAGUUAAAAGAUGAUAAGAAUAAGUCUCCUCCCCCCUCAGAAACUGAACUGAGAAAGAGAUUGGCUCAAUUGAAAGGCGAAAAUUUUGUUGAAACUUCUUAUAAAAAUUUACUACCUACUGUGGAUAGUAGAACAAAUCAGGAAAAAGUGGAUGGUCUACUUGAACAGUAUACAAGUGAACGUGACAUUGAAUUACAGCAUAAUCCUCAGGAAGAAAUAGAAGCAAGAUUAGCAACACUAAGGGAACAAGGUGUUAGACCAAAUGAAGGCCCUUAUAUGAGUAACUUACAUGAUUCUGAUGAUUCCGAAGAAGAAAUUGGAAAAAUUAGUAAAAAGGUUAUGGAUGAGGUAGCUCUGGAAGAAAAGACCAAAGUUAUUAUAGGUUCUUCUGGUACAGAAGAGGAAGAACAAUAUGAAAACCUAGAUGAAACAGAUGUACUUCCUUGGUGUGUUUUGUGUAAUAAUGAUGCUAAUGUUAAAUGUAUCGAAUGUGGCGAUUUAUACUGCGCAAAAUGUAACAAAGAAGUGCAUGAGCAAUGGGAUCGAGAUCAUACAGUUGUGGCUUUCAAAAAAAAUAAUUGAGAAAAGGUAUUAUAAUUCUAGUAUAGUCCUACCUUGUUUACUUCUUUCUAGAAGAAACUCAAAAAUUCAUAUAUUUGACUCUUUUAUAUUUAUAAUUAAUUUAUUAGCGUUUGUGUCAAUUUAUUUUGUUUUUUUAUUAUGUUUCAAAAAUAAGUUUUAUUAUUAAUUCAUUUUGAAUUAUUACGGUUAGUUAUUAUAUUUUGUUAUUUAAUAAUUUCAUAAUAUGUAUGUAUAUUAUUGUUAUCCUAACAAAUAGGAAUGAAAUUAAAAAAGCUCUUGAAAAAUAAUGACAAAAAUUAGUGAUUUCUGCAGGUGCUCAUUCAACUUAUUUUUACAGAGAUUCUUAGCAAUGUUUAAUGUAAGCCCUUUGAAGAAGAUUUAAAUUAAUGUAAUUCCUGAAAAAAUUACAUUUUACCCAAUACUUGUUUGAAUUUUUAUCUGAAAUUUUAGUCUUCUACAGUUUCGAUGAAAUUUUAUAUAAUUAAUAAAUUUUUUCUUUUCUAUCUGGGAAAAUUGAAAGAUCUCUUUUGUUAUGUGUAAUAAGUACAAGUAUUUUCAUUUAGAAUCUCCUGACUUUCAAACUGUGAAAAAGCAGUAUGCAUAUUCCAAAUGGUGUAACUUUUUUCCAUUCACAUGAAUUAGAAAUAUGUAAAUCGAAUAAGGUGCUUAUUAAAUGAGAACUAUUUUUUAUUAACAAAAACAACUAUGUUAUUACUGCUAUAAUUCCAAUUUAUAUAUUUCCUUUCAAAUUUAUCAUUAAAUAAUACAAUCAGAAUUGUCAUAUAAUUAUUUUCAAAUAAAUUAAGGAAACUUA